GAUAAGCGUAUGCUUAAAGCAAACUUUGUGUUCAGUAGUUGAUAGUGGGAAAUGUGGGGAAGAUGUGCUUCCUCAAAAGCGUAAUGUUUUUGUUUAUUGCCAUGAAGAGUGUCGAAGAGGUGGCCCCUUUUAAAACAAUUUACGAAAUAUCGCAAUGGUUUUCCCAAGGUUUCAAAGCCCAUUUAAGCCCAUCAGUGAUGCUGGAAUUCAAUGAAAAUACACAUUACACUUUACAUCCUGGAGGAUUAAAAGUAAUGCAAGAAUUCGAUUCGAGUGCUAUUGUUUUUUUUGUUUUUGUGUUUAUAAUCCCUUUGUUAAGCCUAGGGAUAUCCAUUGUGCUUCUGGUGAGAUUUAAAGUUACUUCAAAAUGCCUCAACAUUGCCUUAAGUGUUGUACUUUUUAUAUUAUUCAUACCACUCAUGUAUGGUUUUGUCUCCACUGCCAUAAGUAACGCUGAAUUACAGAAAGGCUUCAGAAAUUACUCAGAGAAUAUGGAUGAAAGCAUAGAUGACACAGAAGUAUUUUACACAACAUUAGAAAAGGAAUUCAUAAACCAAAUAGAGAACACGUACAGUGAUUAUUACAACAAGCAACAAAAACUGUUCCAAAGUUACGCCAAAACUAUGAAAACGCCUUUGGAAAAAUUCAACAACCUUCACCAGUAUUAUCCGGAAGUUAUCAGCAUACUCAACAAACUGGAAGACUACACAAACAAAACCUGCACGCUGGAAAAACAAGCGAAACUCUUCCAAUCUGAUUCGCAAUCAUGGAACAACCGUCUCAGCAAAAACUUCAAAGAACUGAAUGGUUACAACACGACCACCAUAGAAGAGAUUAAGAAAAUCAACAUGUCCAUAGCGACAAACAACAUGCAAAACCUCAACUAUGUCUGCGAGAAUUUCACAGAACUUCCAGUGAAAAAAUUAAGGGCCAACUUGGGGCAGAAAGUCAAAUCUUUCCAGGACGCUUUCGCGGAAAAAAACAUCACCACCAUCAACAAUUUGAUCAAGUUUAACAUGAGUUUGUAUUUCACCAAAAAAAACAGCACCGAGUUUUUUAAAGCAAGCAAAAAAGCCAUCAGGGAUACAAAAUUGAGUUUCGCCGAAAUAACGAAGGAUCAGCUGCAAUCUGAUGGUGAAGUUUUGGGGGAUAAAUCUGCUGAUUAUCAAGCUUUGACGGUAUCAAUAUUGACGUUAUUUUUGGUGGGAGUUCUACUGAUUUUUUUCAGGAUGAUGUACAACUUCCCCCUUGAAAAACAGCUGAUAGGCAAAAUAAUUUUCUACCUUGGGUUAUUUUGCAUCGUUGUAUUAAAGUUGCUAUUAACUCUACUAGUACAAGACUCAUUCUCAUUUUGGUAUGGAACACAGAAUUCUAUAUGCAACAAAAACAAAUCCGACUUGGUAACAUUCGUAGACACUUCUUACGGAUUAAACAACUCGCUGACCAAAUUCUAUCACCACUGUGAUUACAACAAGACCUUUUACAGUGACUACAGUGAAGACGAAAAAAUCAAAAAGUUUAUAUUCGACAAUGAACUUAAUGUUGACAUUUUAAAACCUGAUACUUUCGUGUAUAGUGAUUUUGAGUUAUUACCCGAGGACAGUAUACUGGAUGUUAAAAUUAUUCUGGACAAUGUAGCACAGUUACUUGUGAGAUCCAAUAGCAAUAUGAAUGCCAUAAAAGUUGAAGUUGAGCCUAUUUUAGCUUUGCGCGAUAAGUAUAACUAUUUGAGUAAAUUAACAAAGGAAAGUUUGGAAGAAAAUCUCGAAGAUAACACAGAUUUGGUUGGGUUCCAAGCUAAAAUGAAGAAUGCCUUCAAUAACUUCCACGUAAAGCUCUACAACUCGUAUAAAGGUAUACAGAGUGUUAUGAUGGAGUUAAAUGAGUUUAAGAAUGUUAAUUUUUGGGGUGUUCUGGAUGGUUCGUCCAGUAAUAUAGAAAGACUGCAAGAUAAUAUGGUGAGAAAUGUAAUGGAGGAUAUACGGAAGACAUCUGAGACUUAUAAGGAGUCAUCAAUAGCUUUGACCACAACUUACCUUGGUAAAAUAGGUGAAAACUUCGAAAAUACUAUAGGCAGAUGUGAAUCACUCAUAUCAGUUUUUAAUAGAGCUUUAAUCAACUGCAAAAUUAUCCUACAACCUCUGAAUGCCUUAUGGGUGGGAGCCUUCCUGGUCCUUCUAACCUUAUUCCCCAUUUCACUCCUCAUAGCAAUGUGGAACUUUGCACCAAAGAUGGAACCGGAAGCGGAACCGGAAGAAGCAAACAACUACUACGAAGUGACACCACUGCAGAGGCAAGAAAUUCCCCUGGUUUUGGGGAAAGACACCACAGACUCUCCCACCAAAAAAUCCGCAAGGUUGGAGUCGAAAGACAUUGAGUUGAAGCCUUUGAAUGUCCAGGAGGUUUCAAGUUCCCCCGAGCUAGACGAAAGUGGUUCGCAGGUGUUAAGCUGGGUUUACAACGAUUACGAGCACACCGAAUUACCACCACCAUACAAAGAGUUCGAAUCUCCGCAGCCAAAGAGAUUAUCAGUUAAUUUAACAAGGAGUGACAUGUCGACUUACAAGCGAUCAGUUUCCAGAGAUGACCAACACUACUAAAUAUCAAUGUAGAAACCAAAAUAAAAUUAUACAUGUGCAAUUAUACUAUUUGAGAUUGUUCAAAAUAUUUGUAAAUACGUAGAUGUUUCAUGAGCUUUAUAAUUUUUUAAUAAAAUUUAUUGAAAAC